AAGAUGGAUGGAUGGAUGUUUAAACACUGAAUGAAAGCAUUUCUGAAGAGAUAAUGAACGAGAGCAAAUAUGUCUGAUACAACUCCAGGACCACAUGUUGUUAUGAUGACACACAGUUUCUCAAGCUGCAAAUAAUUAUCUUCCCCCCACUAAAUGAACAAGCGGCAGUGACGUCACCCUGCAGCACCGGACAGGGCGUCCUCCAGGAACAACCGAACAACCGACCGGACUGACACAUCACAUCCACUGCAAAGCCGCUCAACAACACAGCUUUCCACUAAUUUAUCACUUAGUCACUUUUGACAGCGCGAUCUUGGAUUAAAAUGGGGAACGUGCAGCCCACCCUUGUCCCAUAUGAGGAUUUUGAUGUCACUGCUGAUAUCAAGGCUAUCAGAAAAGCCUGUAAAGGUCUAGGGACGGAUGAAGAAGUCAUUGUUCAGAUCCUGGCCAAUCGCUCUGCAGCUCAGCGUGUGGAGAUCAAGCAGGCCUACUUUGAGAAGUAUGAUGACGAGUUGGAGGAAGUCCUUAAGAAGGAGCUGACAGGUAGUUUUGAGAAGGCCACCGUAGCCAUGUUGGAGCCUCCUAAUGUUUACUUUGCCAAGGAGCUGAGGAAGGCCAUGAAGGGGGCGGGAACGGACGAAGACGUGCUCGUCGAGAUCCUGUGCACGGCCACCAAUGAGGAUAUUAUGAGCUACAAGGAGACUUACGCCGCUGUGCAUGAGCGUGAACUGGAUGCAGACAUUGAAGAUGACACCAGUGGAGACGUGAGGAACCUGCUGACGUCACUGCUGCAGGCGAGUAGAGACGAGGGCUAUGAGGUGGAUGAGGAUUUAGCCGAACAGGAUGCCACAUCUUUGGUUGAGGCAGGAGAAGGCAGAUUUGGCACUGAUGAGACCACCUUCAACUUCAUCCUGACUCACAGGAACUACAUGCAGCUUCAGGCCACCUUUAAGAUCUAUGAGUCGCUUUCAGGGACCGACAUUUUGGACACCAUUAACUCUGAAGCAACAGGAACUCUCAAAGAAUGCUACAUUACUCUAGUCAGGUGUGCUAAGAACCCGCAGCUGUAUUUUGCCCGACGCCUUAAUGCCGCCAUGAAGGGAGCGGGUACUGACGAGGACACGCUCAUUCGCAUCAUUGUAGGCCGCUCUGAGUUCGACCUGGAGACAGUGAAGGACAUGUACCUGGAGAAAUACGAUGUUACCCUGAAAGACGCUCUGGAUUCAGAGUGCAGUGGAGACUUUAAACGCCUCCUCAUCGAAAUCCUGCACUAAAACAUCUCUUCUUCUUACAGGCCUGGAACAACAUAUGUAAUAACUAAACAAAAUCUAAUACAUUUUCACUUUACUCUGCAGAAAUUAUUGUAAUUAUUUGCUGCAAUCUGGACACAAUAUGAAAAGAAUAAUUUUCUAAAAUAUAUUACAAACAUGUAAAAAUUAUUUACUACAGAUUUGCAGGGGUUAAGGCAACAUCUGGAAGUUCCAAUUACCAUUAAAAAUAAUUAUGUAAUAACCAAAACAAAAUGGAUGUCUUCAUUCAUAAACAAUUGUAUACAAUCAUAACAACAAUGUCCAUUUUAUCCAUUCAAGUAUGAAUCAAACCAAUCCUCCUUGAAACAUGCGCAGGAAGGAGGAAGACUGGUCUGUUAUUAUAUUAUCCACAUAUUACAUUUUCAUUAAAGAAAACUGCAACUCCUCCUUUUUGUAAUAACCAGUACAAUAGGUGUUAAGUUAUUGCAAAAUGUGUGAAAAUGUUUAGAACAAUAUGGAUAUUAUUACAUAAUCAAUAUAAAAUGUGUUACCUUUUGUGGAAUUAUUACAUAAUGUGUGGUUUCAAUGCCUUAUUUAACCAAUGUGACAACAUCUCUCCCCACCCAUUCUUCCUCCUCCUCCUCCUCCUCCUCCUCUGUAUACCCCUUUACCAGUUUUACUCAUUCCCUUCAGUCAUUCUCAUGGCAGCAUGGACCAAAAAACAAUUACACAGUAUUUUACACAUGGUGAACUUACAUUCAUAGCGUUUAAAUACACAGUUUUGACAAAAACAUUACACUCUUACUGUCGAGGUGCUUUGAAAUGUUUGUUAUCCUUUUUUGACAAUAUUACGACAGCAUUGUGGAACUUGUUAAUGUUUUUAUCUAAAUAAAUAGUGUUCUUUAUUCACACUCGACAGCUUUAAAUAAACAUUUCACAUUUAAGUUGUAGGUCAGCAUUUCAAACAUUUGUUGUCAACAUAAACGACAUGUUCUCUUAUAUUUGUCGCCUUACUAAUUUCUAAUAACUUUAAUAGCCUCAAAGAUGCCUUUCAGAAGAUGAUAGCAAUGCAAUUUAUUUUUUGUUGCAACACUUAAGUGCCGAAUUUGAAAAAGUAGAGGAUUUAAUAUACAUAAAUAUACCCUGAUUUCAUAAUCCUCAACUCUUCAAGUAUGCAGUGUCAGGUUUUUGUAGCUACAUCCCUAGUUUUUUAUUAGGGAUUUUUAACUGUUUGUAGUCUUAUUUUUAAGUCAAAGCUAACAUCCUGCCUCUUACAUUUACACACUUUAUUAGACAGUUUCCUGUUCUCAUUUACUGCAUUAACAUUUACUACAGUUAAACUCCUACAUAAUACAUGUGUAAAACUUGACUUAAUGUGCUUUAAAGAUUAGUAGAUGAUCUUAAUAUGUUAACCCC